GUCUACAGACUAUACUCAUCGAUUUCUUCAUCUCUCGUUCUUGGAAUUCGUUGUUACAUCAUUGAAUAAUGGAUAAGGAUAAGAGAGAAGACAAGAAGAGGGAUGCACCUAAUGUAGCUGAAACUAAAAAGAAGGACCAAUUCAAAAGCCUCUUCGCUCAACUGCGUGCCUUGCUGCAAACUCAUGGCUAUCCUGUAAAAGGAGACAGAGAAAAAAAAUUGCAGAGUACUAGUGCUCUUUCACAGAAGAAAGAAGACCAAGUCAAUCCAGAAACCUCUAAAGAGAUAUCUAAUUGGAUUCCAUCAUUUCAUAGCUAUGAAGACUUCAACCGUAGGACACUACAGUCCUUAGGUGGCUUUAUAAUAAUACUGAGCACAGAUGGAGUGAUUAUUUCUGUGGCCGAAAACAUCUCUUCUCUCCUUGGCUAUUUACCAGAUGAGAUUGUGGGUAAAAAAUUACUGAGCCUUUUGCCUGAUCAAGAGAAAAGAGAAGUCUUCCAAAAGAUUUGUCUUAAAUUUCCUGUGUCAAACUCAGAAAAACAUAUGGAAUUUUGCUGUCAUUUGAAAAGAGGAAAUCUUCAAAGUGGUGGUAACCUUACUUACGAAUAUGCAAAAUUUAUCCUGACUAUAAAAGAUAUUUCUGAUGAGCCUGUGGUGCUUUUGAGUCGCUUCUUCCCCAGCCCAAACUACAUUGAAUCAUCUACCACUCAGCUUCCUUUGGAGGAUCGGUUUUAUAUAGUGGGGACUGUUUGUAUCCUCAGGGCUCAGACCCUACGGGAACUUUUAACUGUACAAGAAACCAGUGAAGACAUUGAGAUAAUAGAACUCUCAGAUAAGGAUAAUUCAUCUAUUUUGAUAAAUGUUCAAGACCAAAGAACAAGUUCUGGAAUGGAGCCCCUGCCUGCUGAGUCUGCUGUUGUUGCCUUAAAGAAAUUAGCAUGGAGGCCAGAGGAGCUCGAGCAGAACGAAUAA